AUGUUCCAGCUGUUUGACAUAUGUCAGAGGCCUAUCUUCCCUGAGCCACAUCCUAUCAAGUACCGAAGUUUGGCUAUCAUUCUGGCUCCCCCAGUCCCUGAGAAUGAAGUGACUUUCAAAGUGAAUGGUCCUGCUCAGCCCAUCCUGACUUUCGAAGGGAAAGAUAUCCUGCUCUCUUGUCACCUUUCACCAAAGAUGGAUGCUCAGAACAUGACGAUUAAGUGGUUCCAAGGCCAGACCCUCGUCCACAGGUACCACAUCUGGAAGGAGGUAGAAGAAACCAAAGGUCCUGAGUUUGAAGGCAGGACGGAGCUGAUGAAACAUGACUUGGCUAAAGGAAAAGCAACCUUGAAAAUGUACAAGGUUCAACUCUCUGAUUCUGGGAACUAUACUUGCCAUUUCCGGUCACCUUACUAUUACAAUGAAGCCCACUUUGGACUGCAGGUAUUAGGAGAUUCUGGUUCUUUCUCCAAAGAACCAAAGCUGUGCACAGCUGUCUGGAUUGUUGUGCUAUUUGCCAUUGUCUUUAUCAUCCUGGCUUUUAUUGUCUACAGUGGCUAA